AUGCGUGCAUUCAUUCUUGCCACUGCCCUCGCCACGGCCACCAUCCACACCGUCCAUGCCAUGCCUAACUCCAACCUCGCGGUACGCAGUGCCUUCCCAGAUGCCGCAGGCAUCCCCCACGUAUCACAUCCUUCCCGUCAACACAACAGACUAUACCAAGGAAAGAAGGUUGGCGAGGGUGAACAACGGAUCGUUCUUAAUCAUGCUGCGCCAGGGUCCGAUCAUCUAGCCGAGCCGCAUGAAAAACAAAAGUCGUCGAUCGUUAGAAGGGAGAAGAAGAGCGGACGAGGAGUGUUCAUGGAGCGGACGAUCAAGAACGCAGACUACGGUUCCGGAAGUGCCCCUGCAGGGGAAGCUGUGGCACACUCUCAACCUGACCCUGCUCCCAGCCCGACCAACACGCCCGCAGCCGCUCCCGGUCCUGCAAGAAUUUCUGAUGAUGCAGGACCUCCUCAAGCUGCCCACGCCUGA